AUGUCUACUGAACAAAAAAAUACAAAUAACUCUACUGAAGACAAACCUAAACCAUGUUGCGUUUGCAAAGUAGAAAAGGAAGAAAGGGAUAAUUGUUUAUUAUUUAAUGGCCAAGAAUCUGGAAAAUGUGCUGAAUUCAUUGAAAAAUAUAAAGCAUGCAUGAAAGGUUAUGGAUUUGAAGCCAAAUAA